AUGCAAGCGGUUAUCAAGCAGCUCAAAAAUAGAAAAAGUCCAGGUCAAGAUGGCUUAAUUAACGAACUACUCAAAUACGGGGGAGAAAGCCUUGCCAUGCAACUAACAACUCUCAUUAAAAAGAUCGUGUCACAUCAAAAAAUCCCAGACGAUUGGACGAUUCUCAUGUUCAAAAAAGGAGUUAAAAACAUACCAACUAAUUAUAGAGGCAUCAAUUUGCUGGGUAGAACUCUGAAACUUGCAACAAAAGUCAUCACAAACAAAAUAAACAGUCUUAUCACGAGCAACAGGGAUUUAGAUCGGGAAGGUCGUGGGCCUAUUCCACAAUAA